UUGAGCCAUGGCAUUAUUCAGUGCCAACGCUUUUAAUUCUCUUGUCUUGAUGCAUUCCUUGUACAUCAUCCUCAUCCUUCUUCCUAGCUCUUUUGCCAGCAAUAAGUGGGGAAUUCCACAGUCAGAUGUCAAUCUCUUGGAAUUUCCACUGAAUUUAGAGUACUUGGAAGCUGAGUUCUUUUUAUGGGGUUCUCUGGGCUAUGGAUUGGACAAAAUAGCUCCUGAGCUAACUGGAAACGGUCCAGAACCAAUUGGUGCUAAGAUUGCCAAACUGGGUCCUUUCGUUAAAGAUGUUGUUGCCCAAUUCGCAUUCCAAGAAGUUGGACAUGUCAGGGCGAUUAAGAAUACCGUGCACGGAUUUCCAAGGCCAUUGCUGAACAUAAGCUCAGAAUCAUUUGCAACUGUGAUUAACUCUGCUUUCGGGAGAACACUGAAGCCACCUUUUGAUCCUUAUGCUAAUGACAUCAACUAUCUCAUUGCGUCCUAUGUUAUUCCUUACGUUGGACUCACAGGUUAUGUUGGAGCAAAUCCAAACCUCCAAAGUCCUGCUGCGAAAAGACUAGUAGCGGGGCUUCUAGGUGUGGAAUCAGGCCAAGAUGCAGUGAUUAGAGCAUUACUAUUCGAGCAGGCAUAUGUGAAGGUAAAGCCAUAUGGGAUAACAGUGGCAGAAUUCACUGACCGUAUAUCAAACCUGAGGAACGAACUCGGACAUGCGGGGCUGAAAGAUGAAGGGAUAGUGGUGAAGCCAAGUGAAGGUGCAGAAGGAAGAAUUUCAGGCAAUGUUCUUGCUGGUGACAAAGACUCGCUUUCAUUUGGUCGAACACCAGAGGAAAUUCUACGAAUUGUGUAUGGAAGUGGGAAUGAGAGUAAACCUGGUGGAUUUUACCCCAAAGGAGCUGAAGGUCGAAUAGCCCGGUCACAUCUUAGAUUGAACGAGGCAUAAUUGAAUUUCAAUUGAUGAUUAGAACUGCUGAGUCUAGUAGUUUUCGUAUGGUAUUGAUGAUCAAGUAGUUCUUUUUAGUUUAAAUUUGAAUGUAUUAGUAAUUUAUCUACAUCCCAAAUAAGUUUCUUUCCACUGUAAUUUCUAAGGA